UUUCUUUUGCUGAAUUCGAAAUCUAAUCUGAUGUUUAGGAAAAGGAAAUCAAUUCAUGAUUCGCUGCGUCUAUUCGAUCUCAGUCGCAUAGUCAGCACAUCUUCGAAACCGUCUCUGUUCUGCAGCACUAGUGUUCAACCUGCUAAGCUAACCUGGGAAGCUUCUUCACAAGUGAUUCUCAAGAAGAAGCUCGAAACAGCUCUCAAGGACCACCGUGUAGAUGAUGCGUGGGACGUGUUCAAAGAUUACAAACGUCUCUACGGUUUUCCCGACAGUGUUAUCAUGAACAGGUUCGUCACUGUCUUCUCUUACUCCUCUGAUUCCAAUUGGCUUUGCAAGGCUGAUGAUCUGACUCGUUUAGCUUUAAAGCAGAACUCAGGUUUGAUUAAUGUCGAUGCUUUAACUAAGUUGUCACUGUCUCUAGCGAGAGCUCAGAUGUCUGAAUCCGCUUGUAACAUUCUCCGUACAAUGCUGGAGAAAGGGUUUGUCUUAACUUCUGAUGUGGUGAGGGUUGUAAUGAUGCAUAUGGUGAAAACAGAGGUUGGGACUUGUUUAGCUUCGAAUUAUUUGGUUCAGGUUUGUCAUCGUUUUAUGGAACUGUCGAAAAGGAAUAGUAAUGUCAUGAAGCCUGAUACGGUUUUGUUUAAUCUUGUACUUGGUUCCUGUGUGAGAUUUGGUUUCUCUCUCAAAGGCCAAGAACUUAUCGAGCUUAUGGCGAAAGUCGAUGUUGUUGCGGAUGCGUAUUCGAUUGUGAUAAUGUCGUGCGUUUAUGAAAUGAAUGGGAUGAGAGAUGAGUUGAAGAAGCUCAAGGAGUGUAUCGGUCAUGUGCCGAGUCAGCUUCUUUGUCACUAUCGGGGUUUGUUUGAUAAUUUGUUAAGUUUGGAGUUUAAAUUUGAUGAUAUUAGUUCUGCGGGUCGACUUGUGUUAGAUAUAUGCAAGAGUAAGGAUUUGACUUCAGUUCAGAAUCCUGAAAAGCCUCUUGUUUUGUCUGUUGGUUCUCACCAUAUCAAAUCCGGUUUAAGGAUCCAGAUUUCACCGAAGCUUUUGCAGAGAGAUUCAUCUCUUGGGGUGGAUACUGAAGCAACGUUUGUCAGUUACGCAGAUUCCAAGAUUGGUAUCACGAACAAGACUCUUGCUAAGUUAGUAUAUGGUUACAAGAGACGUGGUGAUCUCCCUGAGCUAUCAAAGAUGUUGUUUUCGGUGGGUGGAUCCAAGCUAUGUGCUGAUGUUAUUGAUGCUUGUGUUGCUAUUGGUUGGUUAGAAGCUUCUCAUGAUAUUCUUGACGACAUGGAUUCUGCUGGCCAUCCCAUGGACUUGGCUACAUAUAGAAAGGUCUUAUCGGGUUAUUACAAGAGCAAGAUGUUGAGAAAUGCCGAAGUUCUUGUAAGACAAAUGACGAAAGCCGGUCUAAUUACAGAUCCUUCAGAUGAGAUUUCUGUUUUAUCAGAAACCAAUGAGAACACAGAGCUCAGGGCACUACUGAUUCAGGAAAUCAAUGCAGGAGAACAAAUGAAAGUUCCAAGCAUGCUCUACGAGCUAAACUCGUCUCUCUACUACUUCAGCAAAGCUAAAAUGGAAGGAGAUGCCGUGUUAACCUACCGGAAAAUCCAGAAGAUGAAAAUCCCACCAACUGUGCAAAGCUUUUGGAUCUUGAUCGACAUGUACUCAUCUCUUGGUAUGUACCGAGAGAUCACAGUCACGUGGGGAGAUAUCAAAAGGAACAUGGCGAGCAGAAACUUGGAGGUAACACAAGAUCUAUUAGAGAAGCUUGUGGUGAACUUCCUCAGAGGUGGGUACUUUGAGAGAGUAAUGGAGGUUAUAAGUUACAUGAAGGAGAAGGAUAUGUAUAAUGAUUUAGCUAUGUAUAAGAAAGAGUAUCUUAAGCUUCAUAAGAAUCUAUACAGAACGUUGAAAGCAGCUGAUGCUGUGACAGAGGCUCAAGCACAGAGGCUUGAGCAUGUAAAGGCAUUCAGGAAACUUGUUGGUAUAGUAUGAUGCAUAUAUACACGUUUGUUAUGGGGAGCAAGACGUUGGUGCUCGAAGGAAAAGACACCGCAAUAUUAAAGACAUCAGUUUUGUUUCCGUCUCUGUUCGAAGGAAAUAACCUUUGGAUAAUGCCUCUGUCAUGGAAGAAGGUGUUGGGAUUGGUGGGGCCUAAUGAAAUAUGAAAGAUGAAUUCAGUGUUGAAUCUAGAUGUGAAACAUGAAUUCAAUAUUGUCUAGUCUGAAUAACUGUGAUAUCUGUUUCUUUCAUGCAAAUUUCCAAUUCCAUAUAGAUUGACAACAAAGGUUGUGUGUAACUGUGUGGGGUAGCCCUGGUCAUUCGGUUCGGUUUGCAUUCGUCUCGGUUUGCAUAAACCAAGUUUCCAAUUCCAUAUACAGUAUCGUAAUAGAUGUGUUGGCGAAAUUGUCAACUUCCAUUUCUAAAAACUGUUACAGUUGUCCACAUAUUUCAGCUUGU